CAUUCGCUUUAAAUUUUUUUAGCAUUCUUCAAAAUCUUGUCUUUUAAUAUUUGGAGGUGGGGUUUGGAGAAAAUCCACUUGGGUUGUGAGCAAAAUUGCAGAAAUUUCAGCUGUUUCACCGAAAUCAAGAAAACAAGAAAAUCAUAUUCUUGAAUAUAUUAAUCCCUGCACAAAAAGUUCACAUUUUUUUGUUCUGUUAGAAUUUAGAUAGUGAAAUUUGGCUGCUGAAAGAAAAAAAAAAAAGAAAGAAAGAAAGAUGGGCAAAAGAGGAGGCAGGGGAGAAGAAACGGCGGAAAUCGAAAACGAUGACGUAGAAGAGACGAGAGACCACCACCACCACCACGUAGAGACAAAGACGAUUCCGCCAUGGAAAGAACAGAUAACUGUACGAGGAAUAGUAGCAAGUUUGAUCAUAGGAAUCAUAUACAGCAUCAUAGUAAUGAAGCUGAAUCUAACAACAGGCCUCGUCCCGAAUCUCAAUGUAUCGGCUGCACUUCUUGCUUACGUAUUCAUUACGUCGUGGACUAAGAUCCUCGUGAAGGCCAAUAUUGUGACAACCCCUUUUACCAGACAGGAGAACACAAUUAUCCAGACUUGCACCGUAGCUUGUUACAGCAUUGCUGUCGGAGGUGGAUUUGGGUCUUAUCUAUUGGGAUUGGACAAGAAAACAUAUGAGCAGGCAGGAAUCGAUACGGAGGGGAAUUCACCCGGUAGCUACAAAGAACCCGGUCUCGAUUGGAUGAUUGGAUUUCUCUUUGUUGUUAGCUUUGUUGGUUUGUUAGCUUUGGUUCCUCUCAGAAAGAUUAUGAUAAUCGACUACAAAUUGUCUUAUCCGAGUGGAACUGCAACCGCUGUACUAAUCAACGGAUUUCACACUUCUAAAGGAGAUAAGAUGGCAAAAAAACAGGUCAAUGGAUUCAUGAAGUUUUUCUCACUCAGCUUCGUAUGGAGUUUCUUCCAGUGGUUCUACACCGGUGGAGAACAAUGCGGGUUCGUCAAUUUCCCCACUUUCGGAUUGAAGGCAUGGAGACAAACAUUUUACUUUGAUUUCAGCACGACGUACAUAGGAGCAGGAAUGAUCUGCUCCCACCUCGUUAACUUGUCGUUGCUUCUCGGGGCGGUGCUCUCUUGGGGUGUGAUGUGGCCAUUAAUAAGUGAUAAAAAGGGAGAUUGGUUCCCACAAAACAUCAAAGAAAGCAGUAUGAAGAGUCUAAAUGGUUACAAGGUUUUCAUUUCGAUCGCCCUUAUAUUAGGCGACGGUCUCUACAAUUUUCUCAAGACUCUGCUUUGCACCAUUAAAAGCAUGCAUGCUACAUUCAACAACAAGAAGAAUCUGAAAACAGACGACAAAAACGAAACGCUAGACGACCUCCAACGAAACGAAGCAUUCAUAAAAGAGAGCAUUCCAAUUUGGGUAGCAUGCAUCGGCUACUUAUUCUUCUCCGUAAUCUCGAUAAUCGUAAUCCCGAUUAUGUUCCCUCAACUCAAAUGGUACUACGUCGUAGUGGCGUACAUCCUCGCCCCGUCUCUAAGCUUCUGCAACGCCUACGGAGCCGGCCUAACCGACAUGAACAUGGCAUAUAACUACGGCAAGGUGUCUCUAUUCAUCCUCGCCGCCCUCGCCGGAAAAGACAACGGAGUAGUUGCCGGACUUAUCGGGUGCGGCCUCAUAAAGUCCAUCGUCUCCAUUUCAUCUGAUUUAAUGCACGAUCUCAAAACGGGCUACCUCACACUAACUUCGCCUCGUUCGAUGCUUGUGAGCCAAGCAAUCGGCACCGCGAUUGGAUGCAUAGUGGCCCCGCUCUCGUUUUUCCUUUUCUACAAAGCGUUCGAUGUCGGGAACCCCGACGGAGAGUAUAAAGCGCCCUACGCGAUUAUAUACAGAAACAUGGCGAUUCUUGGAGUGGAGGGUUUUUCUGCCCUGCCACGUCACUGCUUGGAGUUGUGCUACGGGUUUUUUGCGUUUGCGGUUGCGGCAAAUUUAUCGAGGGAUCUUUUGCCUAAGAGGUUCGGAAAGUGGGUCCCGCUUCCGAUGGCUAUGGCGGUCCCGUUUUUAGUGGGGGGUUACUUUGCGGUGGAUAUGUGCGUGGGGAGUUUGGUGGUGUACGUUUGGCAUAGGGUCGAUGGGAGGAAGGCCGGGUUUAUGGUACCAGCGGUUGCUUCGGGUUUGAUUUGUGGGGACGGGUUAUGGAUUUUGCCCUCUUCGAUUCUUGCUUUGGCCAAGAUUAAUCCGCCGAUUUGCAUGAGCUUCUUGCCUACGUUGAGAUCUUGAGUUUUCGGCAAUCGUAGAAAAUUAUUAAGUAGAAACUAGACACUUUUAGUCCCGACUUUUCGAAAUAAAUCGCGGCACAAAAAUUGGGGCUAAUAUACACGAAAUUAGUUAA